GAUUAAGCCGUUUCUAUUCAGACUAAUCACUCGGAAAUGAAUCAGAAAGGUUCUCUGAAGAGAAUCGUACAGGCUCACACAUGUGCAGGGUUUUGGGGCUCUUCCACGCGUAGCUUAUACCGAUACCGUAGAAGCAUACAAAGGAAGAUUCGCAUUGUUGCUAUGCCUUUUUUCCUACUGUAAUUACCUAUCCCUCCGCGAUCGACUUUCACCUCCAACACAUACGUAGCUAAUGAUACUCUCUCAUCUCAUAUCAACUCCUUCCAAGUACGUGCACGGCCACCAGUCUCUCACUCACCGCAUUGCCCCUCUUUCGUAUAUAUAAACACUAUCUACCUACUCUCAACCUUCUAUCCUCUACUACUCUCACUCCAAGCUACAACUAAGAUUACUCAACCACUACAAUGCGCCUCCUCAAGUUCAUAUCGCUCCUCGUGGCGACUGUGCCGGUCAUCGUGUCCUUCACCAUACCUCCCCCAGACGGAUUAUGCCGCGAGGGUGCCCAGCGAUGCCACAAGAACGACCUGGAAGAAUGCAACGCGCAGGGACAGUUCAAGCUCAUGCAAGCGUGCACCAAGCAUCAGGUCUGCACGAUCAGCAAAACCGGUACCCACGAUCGGGUCGGAUGCCUUUCCUCUCAGCCAACGAGCAUUCCUGGUCCAGUGACUCCUACAAAGCGAUCUGAGAGUAUCCCUGCGCCUGAGAUGUGCCACGACGUUGAUCAGCAGCGCUGCAUCACCCACGGGGACGGGAAAGGUAUCGAGAAAUGCAGCAAGAAACAUCAAUGGGUCAUGGAGAAGGUGUGCCAGACACCAGGAUCAUGCAUAGAGCACGAUGGACAAGCCGUGUGCUCGAGCACUCGACCUGUGUCUCCUCGAGGACAUAUUCCAGAGACAUGUGUCACCACCGGUUCAAAGCGCUGCAAUGGCAUCACCAUAGAGGAAUGCGAUGUAGAGCACAGGUGGAUCAGCAAGGAAGUCUGCUACAAGACAGGAAGGUGCGAACAGCAAAAGGGAGAUGCAUACUGCCGUCCGCGUUUCUUCCCUCCAAUGGCUCUCGAACCCUGCACAUCCGGAGAGCGUACGUGCGACACCAACGCGUACAUCCUGAUGAAGUGUGGGGACGACCAUAUCUACACUAUCGAGAAGAAGUGCACCACACCCGGCGACUGCAAGAUUGAUGGCCCAGGGCAAGCGCACUGCAAGCAAGGGGGCAUUGAUCCGCCCAUGGCUAAGCACGACGAGCUCGUGUGCAAGUCCAAUGGCCUAGCAUGUGAAGAAGAGGGCUAGCAUAUCUUCCACAACGGUACAUGACAAUAAAAUCCGGAGUUCUAAAUGCCCUCAAGUAGUAUGUUAGGGUAUUCUAAGAGCACGAAAUACAUCACCUAAUUAUCUCCGCCUCAAAUUAGAUCCAGAUAUGUAGAGACAUGCCGACUGAGUGACCUG